GAGGUAGAUGGUUGCUGAUUGAAAAAAAAAACCUAUGUAUUUUAUUUAAUGUGUAUGAAUGUUUCUACUUGCAUGUCUCUACACUGGGUGCCUGCCUGUUACCCACAGAGGUCAGAAGAAGGGGUCAGAGCCCCUGCAGCUGGAGUUAUGGACGAUUGGGAGCCCUCAUGCUGGUGUUAGGAACUGAACCUGGGCCCUCUACAGAAGCGUCAAGUGAUUUUAACCACUGAGCCAUCGCUUCAGCUGCUCAAGUCAGAAAUGAGCUGCUGGGGCUGAGACACUUUCUGUUCCGUCACAGGGAAAGUAGAUUGUGUUAAGGAGUCUUUAACAGAGAGCUUAGGCGGGCUCGGAACUGUGGGUCAACGAUGAACAGCAUCGGAGAAGGGACAUUUGGUGAUAGCCAAGAGUCUGAAAUCGCUGAAGGAAGACACCCAGACUCAGACAGUAUGCAAAAACAAAGAGCAUUUAUUCUGCAGACACAACCAACAUGUGGGGGUCAACUAUUCUCUAAAAUGGAAACCCCAGACAAAGACCAUUCUGUGGAGGGAGGAGAUAUCUGUCUUCUGCUCCUCUACCCCUCUCCCUUUCACACGCCUGAGCCACCCUCAAGCUGCGUGCUAAGAUGUGACAGAGAGACAAACCUAUGUACCCAUGAAAACUGGACGCAGCCCUGUUUUGUGAAACAAGAGAACCCACAGGAGUCAGAAACACUGCAGAACCAAGCCAAUGAAGUCAUUGUGAUUAGCAGUGAGAGCUCAGAGAGCAGUGAUGAGGACAAGGAGGACCAAAACCUGGGCACCGGGACUCAAGAGGCAGAUGGACAAAGAGGCUGAGGACUCUGUCCCCCAGGCUCCAAAACACAGAGCCUUCCUCAGGAUCUCACACCUCCUGUGUCUGGACUAAUCGCUCUUGGAGGACAUCGAGGAGUCCAGAGGCUCAGUCUCUGCACCUUACGUUUUCUGACACUUGGGAAGAUGUGGAGAGUGUAACAAGGUCCCAGAUCUUAGCACAGCUGACUCUAUGCUGGAAGAGUCAUUCAGGCUCUAAGACUCAGUACCACCUGCCAAAAUGAAAAUAAACCCAAUCCACCAUGAUUCUGGGAAGGUCUCUAAAUACACUUGCUUUUUGGCUUCUGUAGUUCUGCUUCUGGCUAACUGUUCUUAUUAACUGGAGUAUGUGAACCCCAGUUUUUGUGCUUAAAAUCUCAUCCUGAGAAAGACUUGGGGCUACCCUGGGAUCCUGAACAUCCAUUCCUUGGCUGGCUAAGAAAGACUUUCAGUCAGCUUAAAUCCAUGUCCCAGCAGCCUUCUCUGGUGGAUAGUCUCUCUGACCUACAACAGAGAGGUCAGAAAAUAUUCUCCAACUUUGUUAAUAUACUGAUGGCAGAGUAAAAUGAAAAUGGUUUAUUUACAAGUUUUGUUUUAUUUUUCUCUUUCACAUAACCAUGCCUAUCUGAAGCAUAAAAAAUAUUUGGCCUUUAUCCCUAUUUCUUUGCAUAGAGCUCUCAGUGUUCAGUAUAUAUAUAUAAUUUUAUUAUUUAAUAUUAUAUAUAUUAUAUAGCUGUGAAUAUAUAAAAGGAUGAGACAGCAGGCCAGCCUGGGCUACAAAGUGAUAUCACUGGGAGUCUCUGUCUGGAUCAGGUGUUUCCAGGUAUGUUGUUCAAAGACUUAAAGAAGCAUAAACAAAUAGUACAGUAUAAAGAAACAAAGCAGAAAGUAUAGAAUAGAUAUACACUAAGAAAGUAUUGGACCCUGAGCACGAAUCUCUUCUACAGCAUCUAACCACUGCCCAGGGCAUUCUCGUGUGGGUCAAGGAGAAGCUGGCUGUAGCCAAUCAUGGUUGCUGGAAGCUACAGGUCAGCAUAAUCAGUUAGUAUGUUAAGACAAGUGUGUAUCUUGAUGUAGGUGAGAGUCCCUGGUUGAUGAGUGAGUUGUUGGGAAAGGGCUGUACGAAUGUAUCUCAAUGCAAGUGGAGUCCCUAGGUUGCUAACCGAUCCUAUGCCUACCUCAGUGAGACCCUGUCUCAAAACAACACAAACCAAACAAAAACAAUAAAAUAAAAGAAAGAGUUUUCUUUGAAAAUCAGA